AUGGCGGCCCGGGCGGUGCUGGACGAGUUCACCGCGCCCGCGGAAAAGGCGGCGCUGCUGGAGCGGAGCCGCGGCCGCAUCGAGGGCCUGUUCGGCGUGAGCCUGGCGGUGCUCGGCGCGCUCGGGGCUGAAGAACCGCUGCCCGCGCGCAUCUGGCUGCAGCUCCGCGGGGCGCAAGAGGCGGUGCACAGCGCCAAGGAAUAUAUUAAAGGAAUCUGUGAGCCUGAACUAGAAGAAAGAGAAUGUUACCCCAAGGCCAUGCACUGCAUUUUUGUUGGGGCUCAGAGCAUGUUUCUGAAGAGCUUGAUUCAGGACACCUGUGCUGAUCUCUGCAUUCUGGACAUUGGUCUUCUUGGCAUCAGAGGAAGUGCCGAAGCUGUGGUCAUGGCUAGGAGUCACAUUCAGCAGUUUGUAAAACUCUUUGAGAAUAAUGAGAACCUACCCAACAGUCAGAAAGAAUCCGAGGUGAAAAGGGAAUUUAAACAAUUUGUUGAAGCUCGUGCAGAUAACUAUACAAUGGACUUGUUGAUUUUGCCCACUUCCUUGAAAAAAGAGCUUUUGACACUCACACAAGGUGAGAAUUUAUUUGAAACGGGAGAUGAUGAUGUUAUUGAAAUUAGAGAUUCUAAACAAGCAGAGUUUCCACAGAGUGCUGCCACAGGGCUGAAUAUUUUCAGAGAUGAAAUUGUUUUGCAGGAAGAUGCAAGAAAUAAAGCUGGCACUCCUAUUUCUGAGCUUACAAAACAAAUGGACACGGUCUUUUCUAGUUCGCAAGAUGUCCUUUUUGUUCCAAUAAAUGGUCUAACCCCAGAUGAAGAGGCACUUUCCAAAGACAGAAUUUGUCACAAAAGGAGAUUUUCUGAUUCUGAAGAAAGGCAUACCAAGAAACAGUUUUCUUUGGAAAACGUUCAAGAGGGGGAGCUUCUACAUGACGGUAAGACAUUAGGAAGUGUAAUCAUUGACUUAUCUGAUUCUUCUGCUGAUCCUGAAAAUUUAAGUCCAGAUGUGAAGGACACUACUGAGGAAAUGGAAUACAACAUCCUCGUAAACUUUUUUAAAACCAUGGGCUAUUCCCAAGAAAUUGUUGAAAAGGUCAUUAGGGAGUAUGGGCCAUCUACUGAACCAUUAUUGCUCUUAGAAGAAAUUGAAAAAGAAAAUAAAAGAUUCCAAGAAGACAGAGAAUUUUCACCUGGUACUUUGUAUCCAGAGACCAAUAGAACCAAAAACAAAGGUGUUUGUAGCAGCAUAAAUGAGCUUACAACAGAUUCCACUCCAAAGAAAACACAAACUCACACACAGCAAAAUAUGGUAGAAAAAUUUUCUCAGUUACCUAAAGAAUCAAAACCAUGUACCUCAAAUUGCAAAAUUAAUACUUUCAGAACAGUGCCAGUAGAACAGAAACAAGAAAUCUGGAGUUCAAACCAGAAUUACGUUUGUAACAUGGACCUUGAAACUGACGGCCUUUCACCCUCUGUUGUCCUUUCAAGUCCCAAAGAAGUUGUCAGUUUUGUUUCAAGAGGAGCUUCAAAUCAUCAGCCCAGAAUUCCAGUUUUUCCUGAAAAUGGUUUGCAGCAGCAAGCGGAGCCCUUACAUCCAAGUAAUAUGAAGUCUGCCUGUGAAAACCGUUCAGGGUGUUGUAGCUCUCCCCAGUCGAAGCCAAAUUGUCCACCCCUUUCUCCACCGAUGCCACUGCCCCAGCUGUUACCUUCAGUUACUGACGCAAGGUUGGCGGGAACGUCUGAUCAUAUUGAUUCCUCAGUCACUGGCGUUCAAAGGUUCCGAGAUACUCUGAAAGUACCCUACAAGCUGGAAUUAAAAAAUGAGCCAGGAAGAACGGAUUUGAAGCACAUUGUUAUAGAUGGGAGCAAUGUCGCAAUUACCCACGGUCUGAAAAAGUUCUUUUCUUGUCGUGGAAUUGCAAUUGCAGUUGAAUAUUUUUGGAAGCUUGGCAACAGAAACAUCACUGUAUUUGUCCCACAGUGGAGAACAAGACGUGAUCCUAAUGUCACAGAACAGCACUUCUUAACCCAGCUCCAGGAGCUUGGAAUAUUAUCUUUAACUCCUGCCCGGAUGGUCUUUGGAGAAAGAAUUGCUUCUCAUGAUGACAGGUUUCUACUACACUUAGCGGACAAAACUGGUGGCAUAAUUGUAACAAAUGAUAACUUCAGAGAAUUUGUGACUGAGUCCCUCUCUUGGAGAGAAAUUAUUACAAAAAGAUUGCUUCAGUAUACCUUCGUUGGGGACAUAUUUAUGGUUCCUGAUGACCCUCUGGGAAGAAGCGGACCUCGAUUAGAAGACUUUCUUCGGAAGGAAGUCUUCCUUAGAGAUAUGCAGCCCCUACUCAAUGCCUUGCCAAAUGUGGGCAUGUUUGACCCCAGCUUCAGAGUCCCUGGCACCCAGGCAGCCAGCACCAGUCACCAGCCUCCAGCCCGGCUUCAGGGCGCUCCACCCAGCCACUGGCUUCCUCAGCAGCCCCGCUUUCCAGUUCUGCCGAACCUUCCCAGUAUGCAGCAGAGCGUGCCCAUGCCGGCACAGAGGUCUCCUGCAGAAACCAGCGAGCUGAGGGAAGCCCUUCUAAAGAUCUUCCCUGACUCUGAGCAAAGACUGAAAAUCGACCAGAUUCUUGCGGCCCAUCCGUACAUGAAAGACCUGAAUGCACUGUCUGCCAUGGUGUUGGACUAAAGGUCACACUUUAGCUUGUGUCUGCACGUGGCAGCAGGAAGCGACAUAAUGUGAAGAGACCGAUUUCCCAGUGGAAAUUCUGUUGUAGUGUAUAGAAAAGAAAACAGAUGUUUUGUGUAUAAAAAAAUCUGGGUUUUCAAAACCAGCUUUUCUAUAUAUAAAUAAUGCUGCUAUUACAGAUUUAACAUUUUCUGUAAAAGGAAAGUACAUUUUCUGCCUGUUCAGAACUGUUUAAUAGCAGUUACUCUUGAGUGUAUUUACAUUUUUAUGUUUUUUAAACUAUUUUCCUUAAAGCUGAAAAUAUUGACAAAUGGAUAUGAUUAGCCUUUCUAAAUAAAAAAAAAAAAGAGUUGCUUUUUUAGGGAA